AUGGCAGCCGCCGAGAACGACGUGAUCCCGCUCAGCGGGCCCAUCGUGACGAAGAGCGGCGAGUGCGUGACCAGCAUCCGCGUCGCAAAGUGCACCGCCGUGGCCGCGCCGCUCGCCUUCCUCAACAGCGCGCUGGCGCUCUGGAGCCCCGACGCGCACCGGUUCGACCCCGGCCAGUGGUGGCUCCUGCAGGACGCGCCGGGCUUCCCGGGGAGCAUGCACCUCGCGCACGGCAACAGGCCGCGCAUGUGUCUCGGGGCCGGGAUGUCGCGCGUGUUGAUCAAGGUCAGACUGGUGUUGCCUCCCGCCGCCGCCAUAAUCUGA